GUUUCGAUUACGGUGGCCGCACCGCCGCAGUCUCGAUAACAAAUUAUUUAUCAUGUGAAUAUCGCAAUUAAAUUGUGAAGCGAAACCAAUAGUUUGGCAUCACAGGAUUUUGAGAGGCGGAUUAUUAUUUCGUCUGCUAUCGAUCAAUAGUAGUAAUUUGUCAACAAUAAUGUGACUCAUGUGAGUGAUGUGAGUAAUCUCCCGAUAUUACAAAUUAAAUAAUUAAAUAACAUGACUUUUAAUUCAAACCAUUAAUAGGCGAACAUUAUAUUAAAAUGGCGGUUUACGAAAUACCUUUGGUGUCGUCCAAUUUGCGUCCAAAUGAAAUGAUCACUCAGAUGGCAGAUACGUUAGAGUUUCUGGAUCAAGUGUCUAGUGAUAUUUUUGCCAGGGUUACACAACAAAUUCAGGAAAGCCGAACGAGAAUCAGCAACAUUCACAAGAGAGUUGAAGUUGCACAGUCCAAGAUUGAUGGACUCAAGGGCAGCCGCAAGGCCACCAAGAUAUUUUCAAGUUCAAGAUUUCCUGGGAAUUUGCAGGCCAACAGCAAAAGCAUUUUCCAUAAAACUAGCGUGAAAUUCAGCAGAACUAAAAUAGACUUUGAUGGUUCAGAAUCGAUUGUGGAUGGAGACAUGGUUUUCUAUCCCACACAUCAACAAAAUGGAACAAGACGUCAAACACCUGCUCCUCCGAGUUCUGUAUCAGAACUUUUGAUUUUCAACACAGAAGAUCUGGCCUUCCAGAGACAGUCAAAUUCAGAUAAAUCUUCUAAAUCAACUCUGCGUCGUAAACACGAUUCCGAAAUCUCUACCGACACUUCAAUCGGAGAAGCCCCAUGGUCCAUCAGUAGUCAAAGAGAUCAACUUGAACGAAGCAAUCCUCUCAAUUUUUCCUACAUGCCCGGACUGGGAGACGUUCCGGAAUUGGAUCUUCCUUUGGCCCUUCCAGACUUGCCAGGCGUUGCGGAUGAUUUGGCCUACAACGAAGACGUUGGCCCAGGGAUCGCACCUUCACUGAUAGCGGCCCUGCCCGAUUUAUCUCAACUAACUGAAAACAUCAAAACUGUUAAACAUUACCCCGUUCCACCACCACCUCCGCCGUUCAUUCCUGCUCCAGUCAUCUCAAUACCUCCUCCGCCCCCACCACCUUUAGCAACAAUUCCACUUCCUCCUCCUCCCCCUCCACCACCUGCAGUCAAUCUUCCUUUACCUCCACCACCACCUCCUCCUCCUUCUUUGCCAGCCGUUAAAGUAUCGCCAAGUGUUCCAGCUCCGAGCACCAAGCCCAGCGCUGCGCCGCUGGAUCGUUCUAACCUGAUGGCGGCCAUUCGGGAAGCGGGUGGAUUGAAUAAACUAAAAUCCUCUGCUCGUGUCAAGCACACGCAGGCCGUUAAAGAGCAACAGCAGAGUGGCAGUAGUAAAUCUUCGGCUUCAACAUCUCAUCAAGCUCCGGCGGGCGACUUGAUGGCCGAUCUCUUUAACAAGCUUUCCAUGAGGCGAAAGGGAAUUUCUGGUCAGAAUCAAGAGGUUGCCGGCCCGAUGGAAAGAAUUUCCGCCAUGAUUCCACCUCCUCCUCAUCCAGCAGGCGCCAACGUCUCCAGUUCAGAUGAUGUUGAAGAUUGGAAAUGAUAUAUAUUUUUUUUGUCGAUUGAAAUUACAAAGAAAUACAAUCGCGAGCCUCAGAAACAACAACACAAGAACGAAUAAGUAAAUAUAGAAAAUCGCAAAUUUCAA